CGGUGGGGAAGGGACGGCGGCGAUUGGCGGACACUCCUGGCAGGAGAGCGCGGAUUGGUCAGGCUCGGAGCAGGAGGCGGGGCUGAUAGCCCAGCAGCAGCAGCAGCGGCGGCGGCUGCGGAGCGGGUGUGAGGCGGCUGGACCGCGCUGCAGGCCUCGGCAGGGCGCGGCAAGAUGGACGUGACGGGGGUGUCGGCACCCACGGUGACCGUUUUCAUCAGCAGCUCCCUCAACACCUUCCGCUCCGAGAAGCGAUACAGCCGCAGCCUCACCAUCGCUGAGUUCAAGUGUAAACUGGAGUUGCUGGUGGGCAGCCCUGCUUCCUGCAUGGAACUGGAGCUGUAUGGAGUUGACGACAAGUUCUACAGCAAGCUGGAUCAAGAGGAUGCGCUGCUGGGUUCCUACCCUGUAGAUGACGGCUGCCGCAUCCACGUCAUUGACCACAGCGGCGCCCGCCUUGGUGAGUAUGAGGACGUGUCCCGGGUGGAGAAGUACACGAUCUCACAAGAAGCCUACGACCAGAGGCAAGACACGGUCCGCUCUUUCCUGAAGCGCAGCAAGCUCGGCCGGUACAACGAGGAGGAGCGGGCUCAGCAGGAGGCCGAGGCCGCCCAGCGCCUGGCGGAGGAGAAGGCCCAGGCCAGCUCCAUCCCCGUGGGCAGCCGCUGUGAGGUGCGGGCGGCGGGACAAUCCCCUCGCCGGGGCACCGUCAUGUAUGUAGGUCUCACAGAUUUCAAGCCUGGCUACUGGAUUGGUGUCCGCUAUGAUGAGCCACUGGGGAAAAAUGAUGGCAGUGUGAAUGGGAAACGCUACUUCGAAUGCCAGGCCAAGUAUGGCGCCUUUGUCAAGCCAGCAGUCGUGACGGUGGGGGACUUCCCGGAGGAGGACUACGGGUUGGAUGAGAUAUGACACCUAAGGAAUUCCCCUGCUUCAGCUCCUAACUCAGCCACUGACUGCCCCUCCUGUGUGUGCCCAUGGCCCUUUUCUCCUGACUCCAUUUUAAUUUUAUUCAUUUUUUCCUUUGCCAUUGAUCUUUGAGACUAAUGCAUUAAAUUCACUAGAAACCCAGAAA